UCGCGGUAAACUUUGGCCACCUUGUGAUGACCAUUUUUCAUUAUAAUAAUUUUAUAUAAUAAUAGUAAGUAUAAAUAUUAGUGGAAAAGGAAGAACAAUUUUCUCCAUUUUGGGCCUUUUUUUCUUGUUGAUCAUCUAUUCUAGCUCCUUCCUCCAUCUGCCUUCUCCAUAGUCUACUCUCUUCUAUAUCCUCCUAUCCUUUUUCCUUCUCUCUUCUAUAUUGAGAUCUUUCUAUCCCUCUCUAAUUCCUUCAUCCAUAUUUCUCAGCUUAGACUGGAUCAUGGGAGACGACUCUUCUGCCUCCUAUAUUCGCAUGGUACACCGUCUCAUAGAGGAGUGCCUCCUCUUCAACAUGAGCAGAGAAGACUGCAUGGAAGCCCUCUCCAAGCAUGCAAACAUCCAGCCUGUCAUAACCUCCACAGGUACUCGCUCGACUGUUCGUACUCAGUCAUCCCGCAGAAUAGCUAUCAAGCUCGAUCUGUGGAAGGAGCUGGAAAAGGAGAACAAGGAGUUCUUUGAGGAGUACAACACAAGGAAGAGAUCAUCAUCAUCAUCAUCCUCACCAGAAUCAGGCCAUGAACAUGAUGAUGAUCAGAGGUCCUCUUCUCAUCAUCGUCAUCAUCAUCACCAUCACCAUCACCAUCACCAUCACCAUCAAAUGGAGACAAAGCAAAGGAUCCAAACGAUGCUCCACUCUGCAGAUUCCUCCAAAUAAGUUCAACUUACCAUUAGAUAUAUACCCCAAAUUCUUCGACUCAACCCCCGAUGCGUCUCUCACUCUCUCUCCCUGCUGUUCCUCUCAAUAAAAAGACAAGAAUCUCAUUAAGUGUUAGAAAGGGCUUUUGUACUACUCUCUCUCUCUCUCUUUCCAUAUGAGUGUGAUGUGCAUAUGUAUAUAUACGUGUGUAUAUAUAUAGAUAUAGGGGAGCCGCCCAGGGGCAAAGUUGUCACAUCAUCCCCAAAAACCAGCCCCACUUGCUUGUCUGAUCUCUCGAAGGAAGUUCCCGAUUGAAUUCAUCAAUUUCAAACAGCGAGAGAACAAAAGAGAUUUAGCGAAGAAGCUGUGUGUUGUAUAUAGACGGAAGGCAAUUCAGCUGCGCAAUGCGUGUGGGGUUGGACAUAUAUAAAACGUUGUCCUA